GGGCGAGAUCCAACAACUUCCAGUUGUCAAUCGAGCCCGCCCGCCCCUAAAGAAUGGAAAGCCAGACUAGAUCAGUGGACUUCCGCCUCAACCAUAAACAUCAUGUCGACAACCCGUUUACCCAGCAUUCCAUCCCUUCGGAAACAGCAGCUUCUUUUGGAAUUUGCAAGUUUGCAACAUGCAGCCCCGCCGGGCACCUACGUGAGCCUCAGUCCCGGUGACCCAACGCUCUGGUCUGGUGUCAUCUUUGUUCGCGCUGGUCCAUAUGCCUCCGCUGUCCUCCGUUUCCAGAUCCGCUUCCCUGACUCCUAUCCCGACAUGCCGCCCAUGGUCAACUUCGCGACCGACGUCUUUCACCCCCUGGUCGUGCCCCUCACCACUUACACCUUCAGCACAGGUGCCUCGAAUGAAGAUCCCGUCAGCGCCACCGACGAUGAGCGCUUACCCCCCGGCGGAUUUAGUUUACGGCACGGGUUCCCGCACUGGUUCGGUCGGGCCAAACGAGGCGGAUGCAACCCGUCAACAGCUCCAUCCAUCAAAGCCGUGAGCGUGCGCAACUCGACCAUCAGCACUAAUACAAACGGAGCAAGGAGACCCGAUACGCCGGCCGGCGAAGAACCUAUACCCGACCAAGACCAAACAACCCCCACCUCGCCCACGACGGAAGAGAUCGACCCCACUUCUCCAACAGUAGACCGACGAUUCUCGGAAACGAGGCAAACCGUCCCCGUAGCAGUCCUUCUUGACUAUAUCCGCUCGACAUUCGACGACGCGACUGUUCUGGACUCCUUACCAUUGGAGGCGGCCGCGAACCCGAGCGCGUGGCAUGCGUGGAAGGCGCACCAGAGGGGCAGCGACAGUGCUACAGCUACCUCAUUGGGGGUGGUGAAGAAGGCUGGAAGCCCGCAAGCCAGGGCCCCUGGGGAUUGGCACUGGGAUGGGAUCUGGGUGAGACGGGUGCAGAGUGAGGUUGAGGCUAGUAUUUCGGAUUCAACUCUGUAUGGGCCCACGCGCGGAGGAGCGGAUGAGACGAUUCGAUUCACCCGUUUGGAUAAGGCUACGCUCGCAUCGGUGAUGGAGAAAAUCAACCCACGAACGGAGGAGGUGCAUCAAUAAAGCCUACGAGCUAGGUGCUUCAAUAUACUCAUUGUACUACCAUCAAUCAGUUGAUCUGGGAUAUUCCUACUUCCCAUACCUAAUUGUUCAUGACCUCGGGGAUUUCAUCAUGGCUCCCGUUUUGAGUCGCUGUUCGCACCUUCCCAUUCGUUGCAUAGCAGCUAGCAACUUACCCCGGACUCUGGACCCUCCCAG